AAAUGGCUAGGAGAAGAGUGGUAGCAUGAAGCAUCUGUACCACUUAAGGUGAGACAUCACCGUCUGAUCGUUAACAUCGCGCAUGUGGCGCAGGUUAGCACUAUCAGGCAAUUCCAUGUUUUUUUUUUUUUUUUUUUUUUUUUUUUGGGCGUUCAUUUCUUACAUAAUUAUUUCUUGGGGAAUGAAUGGAACUAUAUAAAUAAUGCAUGAAUUUUCCGCUUUGUGAUCACCUCAAAAUUAGCAAAGGAAAAGAAAAAUAAAACAAAAAUACAAUGAACUCGUUUUCGUAAAUUGUGAUCCCAGAUUUCUCCGAUUUCAUACAAACCUAGAUUCGUGCUAAAAACCCCACAACCACCAAUCACAAACCCCCCGUUUAUUUAUUUUUUCUAAGUUCAUAUUUUUUCAUCAAUUAUUAAUUUUUUAAUUACCAUUGUUAUUUUGCUUUCACUGAUUGCAUACGGGAAUUGCAUUUCUGAAGUGGGAUUUUGUUAGUUUGGAAGCAAAUUUUUUUGGGUUUUGUGAUUUUGCUUUGCUUGUUGUUGUCCCACUUUGUUUAUCGGCUUUACGGAAUCAGAGGAAAAACCAGAAUUUUCUCGGAUUGAGUUGAAGUGGUAGUGAGAUUGUUUGUUUGGGUAAAGUGCAUUCUUGGUAAUAGAAAGUGGAAAUUGGUGGUGGGUUUCUGAAGAGAGCAUAGGGAAAAUUGAAUAAGUGGGGGGUUUUUGAUUUUCUAGGGAAAAUUUGUAGAUGAGAGGAGGGUUGGGCGGGAGAUGAGACGAGCUCAUGAAGGUUCGCAGAAACAAUGACUGGAGGGUCAUUGGGAAUUCGUUCGGGGAGUUAUGGGUCAUUGGAUAAACAGCUACAGAACGGAAUUUCGCCUAUCCAAACAGCAAGAAAGCCUUCAAAGAUGCUCAAGGAAAAGGAAAGAUUGUUCCAUUGGAUCUGCAAGUUCGCCGGCCGUAAGAAGGUCGGAAUGCUGCUUCUGUGUGCCAUCUCAGCCGGGAUAUUCAUUUUUGUUGUAUAUGUCGGAAAAGGUGAAGAUACUCAAGAAAGAAACCAUGUCAACAACAUUAAUGUGAAUAACAGUGUGGCUUUAAGUUAUCCUGAAUCUUCACUGACAAAUGGAGAGCAGAGUAUCUCUUCUUCAUUGAAUACUUUUGGAAUACCUUCGAAUUUUGCCCUGCCUCCUCCUCCUCCUUCCUUUUUCCUUGGUUAUACUCUUCCACCAGGGCAUCCUUGUAGUACUUUCACUUUGCCGCCCCCACCAGCAGAUAAGAAAAGAACUGGACCACGGCCUUGCCCGGUAUGCUACCUUCCUGUAGAAGAAGCCAUAGCCUUAAUGCCAAAGGUCCCUUCAUUUUCUCCAGUUCUUAAGAAUUUAACUUACAUUUAUGAGGAAAAUUUAUCUAGAGAAACAGAAUUUGGAGGAUCGGAUUUUGGUGGAUAUCCAACCUUGAGUCAAAGGACUGAUUCUUAUGAUAUAAGAGAGUCGAUGAGUGUCCAUUGUGGAUUUGUAAAAGGUAUAAAGCCUGGGCGCAAUACAGGAUAUGAUAUGGAUGAAGAUGAUCUCUAUGACAUGGAGCAGUGUCGUGGUAUCGUUGUUGCAUCAGCCAUAUUUGGAAAUUUUGACAACAUAAACCAGCCACAUCACAUUAGUGAUUAUUCCAAGGAGACUGUUUGCUUUUACAUGUUUAUAGAUGAAGAGACAGAAGCUUAUAUGAAGGGUACUGGUACUCUGGACGGCAGCAAGAAAGUUGGAUUAUGGAGAGUAGUUGUUGUUCAUAACAUUCCUUACACAGAUGCAAGGCGCACUGGGAAGAUUCCAAAGCUUUUGGUGCAUAGGAUGUUUCCCAAUGCUCGCUUUUCAUUGUGGAUUGAUGGAAAACUUGAGCUUGUUGUGGAUCCAUAUCAAAUUCUGGAAAGGUUCUUGUGGAGGAAGAAUGCAACUUUUGCAAUUUCUAGACACUAUAAACGCUUUGAUGUGUUUACUGAAGCUGAGGCAAAUAAAGCUGCAGGAAAAUAUGCUAAUGCCUCAAUUGACUUUCAGAUUGAUUUCUACAGAAGGGAGGGUUUGACCCCAUAUAGUGAAGAAAAACUUCCCAUUACCAGUGAUGUACCUGAAGGAUGUGUAAUCAUUAGAGAGCAUGUUCCUAUCAGCAACCUCUUUACUUGUCUUUGGUUCAAUGAGGUCGAUCGUUUUACUUCCAGGGACCAAAUCAGUUUUUCCACUGUGAGGGACAAGCUCAGGGCGAGGACGAAUUACACUAUCAAUAUGUUCCUGGACUGUGAAAGGCGCAACUUUGUGGUUCAGAAAUACCAUAGAAAUGUAUUGAAGAAAAGGGCUCCUCCUCUACCUGCUGCACUUUCUCCUCCACUAUUGCCUCCACCACCACCACCGCCACCGCCACCAUCACUUGAAACUUCAUCUGAAGGGGCUGUGAAUGCCCCAACUGGGAAGAUCCAACCAAGAGGUGGGAGAGAAGGGAGAUCGUCAAGACGUCACCGCAAAGUUUCUGCAGGCACUAAGGAUUCUGAUUCAGGUUAAAGUUUUGUUGAAGCUAAUUAUAUUAUUCUUUUUACCUACCCCUUUCACAAAUCAUUCAUUUCGGGGGUGGAGGGAAUUGUGCGAGAUGAAUGUUGCGGUUCUGCUUCUACAGGAAAUGCCGUCUCUCAUUCUUUCUACUUUUGGAGUUUGUCAAAUUUACUCAUUUUUUGUUGUAUAUAUAGUAUAUUUUCCAAUAAUUGUAAUAUGGGUUGCUACAAAAGCCUUCGUGUGGUGGCCCAUUUUGUUGUUCCAAUAUCAUACCAACAUUGUAUUGAGAUUCAUUUAUAUAAAAGUUAUUUAUUAUUCAAGUUUUAAUGAAAAAUUAAUAAAGUUGAAAAUUUAUUAUGUUUAA